AUGCACCGAAGAGGAUCAAUGAGGGGCAGAGGUGGGGACAAGCAGGCAGCUAAUAGCGAGCGAGCUCUGCCGGGGGAGGCGCCUUCGCCGCGCCUUGAUUGGGUGCGGCGUGCAGGGGAGGCCAAUGGGGCGCCCUGGCGCCGGCGCGUCUUGCCAGGGGGGCUUGUGACGUGGCCGGUCUUUUGAGCUGUGACAGGCGGCCAAGGAAGCCGCGCUUGCCCUUUCUCGCCGGAGCGGAGGAGAGUCGUCUCGGGAAGGUAGCGCGGCGGAGGGAGAGAGGCCCGGUGGGUGGUAGGGGGAGGGGUCGGCCGGCCGGCCGCCUGCUUGUUCCCUCGGGGGGACCCCCUUCCGCGGCUGCUGGACCCCGUCAUGCCCGGGAGGAUGGGGAACGGGCGUCGGGCUGCAGCGAGGCCCUGGCCAUGCAGCGCUUUCCCUCCUAUGGGCGUCCUUUUGCUCUCUUCCCCUUUUACUGCUUUGUCGCCCCCCCCCCCCACGAGCUUCCCCAACAUAAUUUGGAUCCUCAGCCCCUGCUGGAGACCCGUCGGCUGCUCUGGAGCAUGUAACGGGACGCUGUGUGUCUGAGCAUGCACAGAGUGUAUGUAUGUUAGCCCCAGCUGGUUUUUAUUUAGAAAUGUAUGCACAGCAUCCUUCAGCCUGCGAUGGGUACGUGAAGCCUUAUCACACCCUCUGCCUUUUCAAAAUGUGCAUGUGGGAGUGUGUGUGUGUGUGCGUGUGUGUGUGUGCGUGUGUGUGUGUGUGUGUGCGCGCGCGCAAUGGGUUUGUUUUUGUUUUAUGAUGUAUCAAAGUUUAAUAAGUCGCCAUCAUUCAUCUCUCGUCCUUAGAGAGCCUUGAUGGCCCUCUUCACUUCUUCCAUUUUUGCAGAGCCGUAAAACCCUGCUGGUACAAGAUCUCAGCUAAAGGAGGCCCCUGCUUUUCCUGGUUUCCUUGAGAGUAAAGAAAGUGGGUAUCAAAGGAAAUAGAUGCACACUCACCUGAGCAUUAGUCCCAUGGGGCUUGCUUCUGAGUAGACACGUAUAGGAGUACACUGUUAGUAGUUUUCUGGCACAGUACAACGGAAACUUGAGGUGGAAUAGGCCAUAGCUUUUAAGAGCAAACUGAUCUAGAAGGGGCAUAUGAAGAUCCCUGUAGGUUCAGGCCAAAGGCCAAUCUGAUCCAACAUACUUCUCUCACAAAGACCAACUAGACGUGCAUGGGAUGUUGUCAAGCAGGGUGUGAGCAUACUAGCACCACUCGUGCUGUCCAGCAACUGGUAUUCAGAGGCAUAAUGCAUCCAACACCAGAAGUAGUAUACACAGCUAUCAUUGUUAAUCUUACCCUCCAUGAUUUGGUUUAAACUGCUUUUAAAGAGACACAUCUUUUCCAACUCCGCAAGGUUCCUUUUGAGGUGUGGCAAUCAAAACUGUGCAGAGUGCCUGUUUUGUUCUUCCUACCAUUACUACCCAUGUAAUAAACCCAAUAUGGGGAACAUUGGGCUUUCCAGAUGUUGCCAGACUGUCAACUGCCACCAACUGCAGCCAGCACAGUCAAUGCUAAGGGAUAAUUGGAGUUGUAGUCCAGCAACAUCUGGAGGACUGCAGAUUCUCCAUUUCUCUCAUAAACACGCUUUUUUUUGUCCUACUACUGUUUUGUCAAACAGGCUUCUGUGGGUUUUUAAACCAACAUGAAGCAUGCAAAACCUGUUUCAGAAGGCAAAAGUGGGAUGAGUAUAUAUGCCUCAAGCAAGUGUCUCUUGUUUACUGAUGCUAGCUCUCUGAAGAAAUAUUGUAUGUUUCUAGUCUGACUAUUCUCAGCUCCACUGGGCAGAUGUCCUUUCCUUGCUAAGAUGCGCCUCUCCCCCCCCAAUUUUUGGGUACCUGAAAACCUUGCUUUCUUGCACUUUACCCAUGUGCAUCACUAUCCUUGUUUCCACUAUUUGCAAGUAGUGAUGUGUCUGUAAAUAUUUGGCAGUGAGAUGAAUUUGGUAACUAGGCUGUAAAGCUAAAAGGAUUAAAUAGGAAAAUGGACCUGAGAAAGCACCAGUUUGGGUGGAUUUACUUCUCAUUCAAAAUGCCUUUAUAACCAGCAGAUUCAGAACAUUCUUCCAAAUUCAUUACAGUACAAGUAAAAAUGUAUAUACGAACAGAAAAUAUAAAAUCUGAGUAUUCUCAAAACGGAUUACUUGCUCAUCUUUUGUGUGCUGUUGCCUUAUGAGAAGGGUUUCAAAGGCAACUCGUCACACUUGCCAAGGUUAGGAGGUGACAGUAAGUAUCACAGCAGUUACAGUUAGAUUCAUAGUAUUUUAAUAAACCAUAAAUUUGCCUCUUCCUAAGACCAGCAUUUAUUUCUUGUAUGUGCUUAUUAAGCAAGCUAGCUUUUUUCCCCUGUGAGGGGUGUGUAGUGGGCCAGGCCUGUAUAGUCCUAUCAUUGAGAAGUUCAUCCUGAUGCAAGCUUUCAGUGAUGCAAUUUUAAAUCUGGGUCCUAUCCAAAUCUUAUGUAGUGCAAUACUUGCUAUUUUGGGGGGUGAAAUUUCUAACUCCAUUAACAUGUUUUGUCAAUAUCAACAGAGGUAACUAUUGACUCAUCCUGUACAACAUGGUCAUCUGUCAAGGAUGCUUUAGCUGAAACUCUUGCAUUGCAGGGGGUUGGACUAGAUGACCCUUGGAUCCCUUCCAACUCUUAUGAUUCUAUGAAUGAGCAAAGCUAUGUGUCAUCUUUGUAUGCUGGAAUGGUAGGAUACUAACAGUGCAGUUCUAUAUAUGUUUGCUUGGAAACAAGUCUUUCAGUGUUCAGUGGGCCUUAUUCCCAUGCAAGUACAUUAAAGAAUCAAGCUUUUGUAGGCUGUACUCCUAGAAAUGUGUUUUACUUUCCCGCUCCACUGUGAGGGAUGCUGCUUAAACAGCUUAUAACAAUUGAGUAUAAGCAUCUGGUAAAGUCACGUUUUUUUAGGAUGGGGGAAGAGUUAAGAUUAUUUUUUGAGCUUUUCUUUUCCUUGGCCAAUAUAUUCUGUUUCAUGUUUAAUAUGACAAGCAGUUAUUAAUCAGCACACACACAAUGGCAUAGGAUUACCUGUCUUUUAAAUGAACCAUCUAGUGAUGAUUGAGCAGAGGACUGUAUGUGUAUGGUUUUGCUUAGUUCUUCAAACGCUUGCAUAAACCAUUUUUUACAAACCACAACAACAAUCCCCUUUGGUCUUAUGAACCGAAUGAUACUGAAAGGUAAUAGUAGGUCUUAUUUAUAUUGAAGAUUAGUCUGUCUGCUGUCAGUGUUGCAAUGCUCUGGUGACAAGGGUUGUAUUGUAACUCAGAUUAAUUGUUCUUUAAAAGCUCCACAGGGGAAUAUUUGCAGUAGAGUUCAGCAGCCUGGAAAAAUAUUUCUAAUCCCUGCAUCAGGACUUUAAGAAUCAAAGCAACUAGGCACUUGGGAUUAUUAUUUUUUUGUUAAGUUCUCAUGGCUUUUUAUCUGCUGCUAAGUGACCAACAGUGAAAAACAUGUGAUAAUUGAAAAUGCUAUAGAAAAUCCUCUAGCACAGCAUCUUACAUGUUGGUUUUCAAGAUGCAGGGCCUAUGCGAUAGUUCUUUCAUGGCUCAGAGCUUGGAACAUAGUGAUGAGAACUGGCAAUACUGGUCUUCAAGCUGUAGGGAACCUCAGUUCUAGGAGCUUGAGACCUCUCUGUCCAGCUCUCAGGACUCUCCACAAGCUACAUACCUCCCGGGCCCUUCUCUGCACCCUCUUUGAGUGUUGCUUGCCUGGAAUAUGUUCUUGAACUGCAAUAUAAUGUAGGUUGGUGUAUGCGUAUUGAUAUAAGCCUCCAACUCUUGUGUGGUCGACACCUGUUGCUCCUCCCACUUUUGCCUCUGGCCCUGCGCACCACUGGCAUGAAGGAAUGGACUGAGAAAGGCUCCCCACCCUUGCUAUAAGCUGAGCACAAAUCUAGAUGUUGACUGUGAGGUAUCCAAGGGUAACUUAAGCAUACUAAAGUUUUUAACUGACAGGCUUAGUGUGAUGCAGCUUUCCAUGACUCAUCUUGGCGUGAACUCACGCCUAAUGGGGAAGGCGUGUACCUUAGCAAGAGUAUGUUUCGUUGUGUGUUGCAUAUAAGAUAGACUCUUGGGUUGGAGACUUGGGUUUGGGUCUACCGUAUUGUCCCAUGUUUUCUAGCUUAGCUGUGCAAAGUCUGUGUCUACCUCAUGAAGAUCAUAUCAGCUGUUCUGUGGAGAAUUUGUAAUAGUGCACUAGGAUCUAGGUUUCUGUGUUGAAAUGCUUUGUCUAUGUAAGAAGGCCCGCUCAAAAUCCUGCAUGUAAUCAGAACUAUUUGUAUAGGUUUCGUUUGCAGUUGUGGUGUUGAAGCGGACACCCCCUUGAGUUUCAUGUUUCUAACCCAAUUCCCUAUGUGCCAUUUUUUCUUUUUUCAGACCUUCAGCACACUGUAACCAUGUUUUCUAAACUGGCCCAUCGGCAGUCGUUCGGCGUUCUCUGUCGAGGCGUUCAUGCUUCAGUGAGUUCAGCUACGUCAGUUGCAACUAAGAAAACAGUCCAAGGCCCGCCAUCAUCUGACUACAUAUUUGAGCGUGAGGCCAAGUAUGGUGCACAUAACUACCACCCGCUCCCUGUUGCUCUUGAAAAAGGAAAAGGUAUGUACUUUUAAUCUUUCCAAUAGGUUCCUAGGCAAGGGAUGGAAGCUUAACUCAGCCAUUCACUUUAAUGCUUUCCAGUGGCAAGGAUCAUUUGUAUCAUCACUGCAACAAUGAUGCUUCUUUGGGAACGGAAAUGUGGGAUGCUCUGGCUGCUGUGCAUGUGCAAUCUCAGCUGUUUUCCUGACUGUGUUAACUCAGAAGAAAGAAAACACUGUUACUACUAUCUUCCUGGGGAAGAUAGUUUCUCCCCCACCCCCUUGUCUUAUGGGAUCAUGGGUCUGCCUCUCCUAAAAAGUUUCAAGAAGAUUCAAAGGAGAGAGAGGAAGUUGGCAUUUGGCAGGGUGUGGGGAGGCAUAUAAUGGUUCUUAAUAUAAGAAGGGACGUGGGUGGCGCUGUGGUCUAAACCACAGAGCCUAGGGCUUGCCGAUCGGAAGGUCAGCAGUUCGAAUCCCCGCAAUGGGGUGAGCUCCUGUUGUUCGGUCCCAGCUCCAGCCUACCUAGCAGUUCAAAAGCACGUCAAAGUGCAAGUAGAUAAAUAGGUACCACUCCGGCAGGAAGGUAAAUGGCGUUUCUGUGCACUGCUCUGGUUCGCCAGAAGCGGCCUAGUCAUGCUGGCCACAUGACCCAGAAGCUGUCUGUGGACAAACGCCGGCUCCCUCGGCCUAUAGAGCGAGAUGAGCGUGCAACCCCAGAGUCUUCCACAACUGGACCUAAUGGUCAGGGGUACUUUCCCCUUUGUAUUUAAUGUAGGGGCAGUCAUUUGUAUAGUCUAGUUCCACAGCUGUCCUAUGGUGGUUUGGUGAUUAAGUUAAAAGUAACUUCCUCUUAGCCAGCAUUGUGCAAUAUGCAGAUGUGAGAACUAUCCUAGUCGUCUGAACAGGACAGAAGCAUGUUGAAUUCAAAAGAUAGGCAGCAGCAGGCAUAGCCUGUGUCCAUGGUUUGCUGGUUUUUCGUUCUCUGAUGAUGCAUAGGGUAAGUAUUUUGCAAAGAUUUGUGAGAAGCAGGCUGCAGCUGUCACUGGCUGAAUUAAUCUGUGCCUGCUCCUCUAUUUCUGGCUCACUGAGCGCGUCUUGGCAUUUGAGACCAACUCAGGAGAGGUGGCAUAAUUGCCUUUAAACUAGGGGCAGGGAAUCAUGUCUGACUCUUGGCCAUACUGUCUAGGGAUGCUGGGAGUUGGUGUCCAGUAAUGUCUGGAGAACGGCAGGUUCCCUGACCUGCUUUAAAUCCUAGAAUGCUUGAGAGUUCUGAGCAUAAAAAUGCCACAUUUCAUUCAUAUAUAUAUAUAUAUAUAUAUAUAUAUAUAUAAUUUUAUACAUACAUUAUACAGUUAUCACUUAGCAUUUAUUCUUUGACUUCCCCACACAUCCCUCCAUGGGUUCUUGUUUAAGCCUUGCUGUGCUGCUUCUCCUUAGUUACCACCCCUCUUCUAGUUAUUUUUAGCUGCUGCUCAUAUAUCUAGCCCUACUUGGAAAUUUAUCUGGUUGUUAUAUUUCUUUUAAGUAUUCACCACAUUUCCAUUUAGUUGUAUAUAAAAAAAGCAGAUCAUAAUGCAUUCAGUGUGGUGUGUAUUGUUAUAAAAACUUACUGCUCUUUUAUAUUGCCUUUAUUUUCUGCAGUUCUUUGGUUUAUGUUGCCUUCAGUUCUGGGCGCAAUGGUUAGCAUUUGAAAUUUUAAAACCUGCCUUAAUGUAAACCAGGGAUCUGGUGGCCAAGGUCUUUCUCUCCCUCUAAUGACGUCAGGUGAUUAAUAGGGGGUAGUGGUGGCCCAGCCCAUCUGUCAAAUGUGGUCUGCUGGGAUAGAGGGAGAUAGUGACUUCAAAGCAUCAUACACGCCUUGCAGAGAGCCCUGUUCAGUGCUUGGAAGCCUCUGAAAAGUAGGCUUGAACUCAGUGGAUGGGAGGUGAGUUCGAACCUGCUUUCUGCAGGGAUCAGCUGUGCCUACUGGUUCUCUACAGGAAGCUCACUUGUCCACCUAAAACAGCUUGUCCUUACCUGCCCCAGCCACACUGAUGGGGCAGGUGUGAGGCAGCUGAGAAUGGCUUGGGGUGAAAUGGCCUAGCAGGCCAAGUGGGGAGGCCUGGAGAACCACAUCUGGCCCACUGACCGCAGCUUCCACACCCCUAAUCUAAAUAAUUCUAACAUCUAGCUUUGGUAGCGCUCUGUUAGCAUUCUUUAUUGGUGGCGUCUCCCCAGUGCAUAUAUCACUAGACUAUCCUGACCUUAGGGCACCAACUGUUUAGCAUACUUACCACCUGAUCUACAAGGUUGCUGAACUUUUAUCACUUUUGACAAGCUUCAUCAAAUCAAGGGAAUGCCUAUUUAGCCUAAUUAGAAGCGCAAAUGGUCUCAAAGUCUGUUUCCUUGCUACUAUGUAACCUCAUAAUGUAAGAUUAAAGCUUGUAGUAAAACAAGCGUCUGGAAACUGUGUUCAGGUCAACACUUUUACUGGUUUGCAUUUGCAAAUUAGCAGCUUCUUAGGUUAGUAUUAUCUUCCCGAACAUGUGUUUGGUAGCUGGAUAAGUGUAGCAAAGUACAAAGUAUACCUCAUGCUUCCAUGAGGACAAACAGGCAGUUUUAUUGUCUUGGCAUCUGGCAGCCUGCCUUGGCAUAGCACUUGUGGCAGAUGGGUGCAGGCAUGGAGUCUUGCUCUCACCUAGGAAGUUUGAAAAUAAAACAGCCUUUCCAUAGUUUUAUACUGUUGGCCUACAAAGAGAUUUUGUGCUCAGAUGCAUAUUACCUGAUCUACCUUAGAAGGUGCAUGUUGAACAGUGUGGGUGAAAAGUCAGUGUCACCCGAAUGAUGGUCAUUUUGGAAGCUAGCUAUUCAUUCCUGUUUUUAUGACGCUGUGCCUGGUAGACACAUUUGAUAUCUAUGUGAAAUGGCUACAAGUCUUUCAUAGCUAAAGUCAGCAUGAGCAGAUUGCCCUAGGCUGUGCCAAAAAUGUAACCUCUGGCUUGUGCUAGCAGGACUACCUUGGGGAAAAUGCAGCACCAGACAGCCCAUUUUCAAGGGAAGAGAAUGAAGUUUAUCCCCACCCCAGCAUUGCACAGAUAAUUUGUAUUUUCAAGUGUCAAUCUUUUCUCAGUAUUACUACAGCGCUUGACACAAAAUAGCUUAGCCAGUUAUCUUACAGUCACAGAAAAUGCAUAGGUAACUGUGCCAAAAAGUACGUAUAGGAAGUUGAGAAAUGUGAAUUCUGUACUCUGUGUCAUUCCUGUUCAGUUUUGCUAAAGCAGCCAUUCCGUUUAUGUAGUAUAUCUAUACUGAAGUGCUGCUUUUUUAUUUAGCCAAAUAUUAUACGAUGUUUUUUAGCAGUUGAAUGACUUAAUCAGUUGCAUUAUUCACCCUAUGCCUCAAUUCUAAAAACAAUAAAUGAUCAACAUUAUUUUUUUGUUUUAUAUGUCACCAGAGGUUUGUGUGUGUGUGAUAUAUCAAUUGUUAAUAUUCUCCUAAUAUUGUACCUCUGCUUGUCUACCCCCUAGGUGUUUAUGUGUGGGAUGUAGAAGGCAGAAAAUACUUCGAUUUCUUAAGUGCUUACAGUGCUGUCAAUCAAGGCCAUUGUCACCCAAAGAUUGUAGCUGCUCUGAAAGCCCAGUGUGACAAACUUACCCUUACCUCAAGAGCGUUUUACAAUGAUGUACUUGGCGAAUAUGAAGAGUAUAUCACAAAAAUGUUCAAAUACAACAAAGUGCUUCCAAUGAACACAGGUAAUGCUUUCUGUUCUGUUCUCCAAAAAAGCGUAUGAACGGACAGCUUCUGUCACUUAAGUGGGAAGCCAGAGAGAACAGUUGUGGAUCCCUGAAAUUUGGGCUUGCUUCCUGUGUGUUUGGAAAUCUGUUGCACACAAAGUGCUGUGUCUCCAACCUUUUUCAGCUCCAGGAUGUAUUCAGAAUUUUGAGCAAGUACAGGGGGCCGGGGGGGGGGGGCGGGAAGGCUGCUGUGGGGCCAUGCUCUUGCUGCUGCUAUAGGAGGUCGUUUAGCUUAAGUCAAUGUUUCUUUCUCUCUUACUUUGCAAUGACACUGCCAAAGUAUAAGCGUGGUUCCAAGGCAUGUGCAGAGUUGCAGCAGAACUCAGCUUCUUGAUAACAUCACACUGCUUUUAUCUGUCCCUUCCCACACUUCCAGGGCCCUAGGCUCUUACCCUGCCUACUCUGCAUGGCAUACUUCCGCAAUAGUCCACCAUGUGGCUUCUGAUAGUAAUGAGUUCUCCUUCUCUUCCUACCCCUCUCCUGGUUCCACCUUUUGUGCUCUCUUAUUUUAGGAGUGGAGGCUGGAGAAACAGCAUGUAAACUGGCUCGCAAGUGGGCAUAUACAGUGAAAGGAAUUCCCAAAUACAAGGCAAAGAUACUUUUCGCAGGUACGUCAGAGUUUUAAAUAUCACAAGAACUUGUUGUAGGUGGGCAUAACAAAGGUACUGGAGACUUUGGAUUAUUAAAUCAUGCAUGUUUUUAAAACAACAUGCUGUAGGAAUACCUUUGUAUUAAAAAUGGAGUUUCUGUGUCUUUUACUUAAACCUGUUAUAAAGUAGUAGGGAAUCUUUUGCAGCCUCAGGGCUGCAUUCCUUCCCAAGCCACAUGCUUGCAAUGGAUGGGGCCAGAGGCAAAAAGUGAACAAAGGAAGGGAUGUGACUUACCUGUGUAAAGUAAGCUACAUUUCAGUGGCAGCUGCACUUGAUGAGAGAGGAAAAGGGCCAUUGAUGGGCAUGGUCAGGGAAGAGAAAAUGUGUUCUGGGAAAGUCCCAAGAGUUGGGUGGAAAGACCAGAGAAGCCACUUUUGGUUUCUGGACCUGAAGUUCCCACCCCUGUUAAAUGGUUUGUUGCUUGUAAUGAAUUCAUCACUUUACUAAGUUAAAAUAAUGUGCAAAGUUGUGCCCUCAUCACCUUCCGAUUUAUCAAAUCCUAUAUUGUCUCUGGUGCCAUAAAGAACUGAAACCUAAGUGAGAAGAGAUUAAUCUUUCUUUUCAUGGGUGAAAGUGGGGUGGGAAUACGGUGCUGACAAAUUAGGGCUACGGUCAUAAACAACACUUAUUAGGGAACAAAUCCUGUUCAGUUUGGAGGGACUUGCUGUUGAGGCAGUGUGCUUAGGCUUGUGAAAUGUAUUGGUCAACUGAAAUCUCAUGCAGUCGGUGUUCUGGGCUCUGUUAAGACAGCAUGCUGUAACCAUUCAUCCUGGACAAGCAUGUUGGGUAAAAGACUCUGUUUUGUUAUAACUUUGGGAAGUUGCAACUCUUUGGCACUUGCAUACAUGGCAAACAUACAAGGUGAACAAUGAUUAAACGAUCUGUAUUUUGCUAUUCAUUUUCAACAGAAUCAAUUCCCAUAACAUUAAAUGCUGUUUAAAAUCCAGAGUUGGGCAAGGAGGUUUUAAUACCUGUGCCAUCUUGGGUGGGAUGAUGGGAGUUGUAGUUCAGCAACAUCUAGAGGACCGCAGGUUACCCAUCCUUGAUCUAAACACAACUGUGAUACAUCUUUAGCAUCUCUACUUUUUAGAAAGAUGUGGUAUCUUUCGACAUCUUCGGAUUGUUGAGUUGACUAGGCUGCAUAACGUAACUGAACAUUAUAUAUUUUGUUCAUUCUUUCCCCCCACCCCUCCUCCCAGCUGGCAACUUCUGGGGAAGAACGAUGUCUGCUGUCUCAAGUUCUACAGAUCCUUCCAGUUAUGAUGGGUUUGGACCAUUUAUGCCAGGGUUUGAAAUAAUUCCAUACAAUGACUUGCCAGCUCUUGAGGUGUGUUGCAAUCUUCCAUUCUGUGAAGACUUACUCAGAAGUUAGGAGAAGGAAUGUUAUAAAUCUUGUUCUGCAUCUCUCCAUAACGGCAUUCAGUAACUGUCUUUCUUCAUUGCAAUAUACUUGUCCUUAGCGUGCACUUCAAGAUCCAAAUGUAGCAGCUUUCAUGGUGGAACCAAUUCAAGGGGAAGCUGGUGUCGUUGUUCCUGAUAAAGGUUACCUCACAGGUGUGCGAGAGCUUUGCACAAAGCAUAAUGUAAGUAAGUCACUGUGCUAAGAACACAACAUUCAAGCUGUGGAAAGUGGCCAUGUCUUUUAACUAAUACAACAGGCCUUGUUUAGACCAAAGAUAACAAUCGUAUAAUGCUGUUAUAUGUUUCAAAAAACAUUUUUUUUACACUGCUGGUUAACACAAUCUAAUAUUUAGUUAGUUGAAUCUUCCAAAGGUCCAGUAGUAAGUGGUAUAGCUUUUUUUUAUCAUUAUAAAGAAAUCAGUGUUUUUCUCACCAAUGAUGUCGGUUUUGACCUGGUAAAACACUUUUCCCCAAAGUGAGCUGUUGCUCAACUCUACUAUCUUAUCAGUUCUGUGUCUAUCUUAAGUAGACGACAAGGUUAUUGUAAUAUACUUUGUGUACCUUUUAAAUGGACUUUAUCCCACUCCUGGGCAACUCAUAAAUUGUCUUUGCUUUUCAGUCUGAUAGGGCUGUUUCCAUAGAACAGUUUGGUUUAUCUUGGGGUACAGCAGUGGCAAAUUUCACCCUGUGGAAUGAUUAUAAUGACCUUCCUGCUUCCAAACAUAUACAUCAUUUGGACUUUACCACAUAAUAGAUCAGACAGAGUAAAUGUAGAUUAGGCCAUAUUGCAAGAUCUUCAUUUGGAGUUUGGCUUUGGAGAAUCUUCUCUUUUAAAGGAGAACAAAACAAACUAAAUGCUCAUUGAAUGGCAAUUCAUCAAGUCCCUCUCUAUGCAGGUCUAAAGGGGCUUUAUGGAUUGAAGCUAUUUUCUUUUAUGCUUUCCAGUGCAUGAUGAGACUCUGAUAAUGCUAUGCAAGUGAUAUUCAGGCCUCUCAUAUGAAAAGUUCUAAAGGGGCUGUUAAGUGAAAUGCUGUUAAGCAUUCUUGGCUUGUGAAAUCGUACUACCAUAAAGAAUCUUGUGGGCACAAAUGUAGCCUAGAAUUUUUAAAGUUAUGCGAUCUAGAUGUGGUGUGAUAUAGCAGUAUGCUGAGCAGAGGUUAAACAUUGCAGCUAGUUGUUUAAUUAUACCAGUUUCUGUAGUUUGGACGAGAGUUGCUAGGGAUGUUUGGGGUGAACUUUCUUUGUCAAGGAAAUACUUCUUGAAUAUGUGCUCCUUUUAAAAUAAAACAGGUUCUCUUUAUCGCUGAUGAAAUUCAAACUGGGUUGGCAAGGACUGGGAAAAUGCUGGCUGUCGAUCAUGAAAAUGUUAGACCAGAUAUGAUCCUGCUCGGAAAGGCCCUGUCUGGAGGUGUUUAUCCCGUAAGUAAUACUGAAUGAGAAACAGCUGGUUCUGAACUGCUUUUUGGAGAUUUCAACAGGUUUAAGAUACAAAACUGGCUUAAUGAAAGGGUCAUUGAUGAAGUGGAGUCAGUUAGGACUAUCUUCCAGGAUUCAUGUUCUUACAAUAUGACAGUGUUCAGCAAAUGGGGACAUAGGAAGCUUCCUUGUUAGACUAUUGAUCCAUCUAGCUCAGUACUGACUACAUUGAAUGGCAGUGACCAUCCAGGGUUUCGGAAGGGGUUUUCUCCUAGUCCCUUCUGGAGAUGCCAGGGACUGAACCGAACCUGCUGGUGUAAUGCAGAUUGCAUGCUGACCAAUUCAGAUGUGGUCCUGCAGCUCUGAAUUUCCAAGGUCAGACCUGUAACAGGCUAGAAGUACUGAGCUGAGGUACAGUCACACCUCGGGUUACAGACGCUUCGGGUUGUGCACCGCGCCAAACCCGGAAGCACUGGAACUGGUUACUUCCGGUUUUCGGUGCUUGCGCAUGCGCAGAAGCGCUAACUCGCGCUUUGCGCAUGCGCAGAAACACCAAAUAGUGGCCCGUGCGUGCGCACAUGUGGCGCUGCGGGUUGCGAAUGCUGCGGGUUGUGAACGUGCUUCCCACACGGAUCACGUUUGCAACCCGAGCGUCCACUGUACUGUACUCUAAUACUUGAAAUUGCUCCAUUGUUAAUACCUUUAGCUGGGCAAGAACAACAAUCAUAUUCAGGAAGGGAAAUUUCUCCAUCACAUUGCUCCACAUUUCUAACUAAGUCCGGGGGAACUAGGCACAAAGCAAGCAUUUUGAAGUGUGAUAUGGUAUUAUGAAACUAGCUGUACAUUUGGGUAGUUUAACAACUCUCUUGCUUUUGAACAAGUAUUGCUUAGUUUGGAAUCUUAAGUAUAUAUUUGGAAAAAAGGUCUGUUCAGAUCGGUGGCUCUCACAUCCAGUAAAAUGUCUUUAGGAUCAGGCCAUUUAAGUUCUCUAGACCACUUACAUGACUGUCUGGUGAAAACAGCUUUGAAACGGAGAAUUUCUUUUCCUGCUGAGUAGCCUGAGUACCACAUCCAGCAUUUUGCAACUCUUUUUGAGCUGAGUCAGAAGUUUAAAAAUGGUAAAUAAAUGCUGAGCACAGUAAACAGGCAAUUGUACCUACCUGCAGUUCAUUCUGCAAAGCAUUUACUGAGGAAUGCAUACUUUAUAAAGCAAUGGGAAAUAAAUAGGAAUAUUGCCUUAGACUCUGUGCAGCAGCGGUAACCGUAGGGGGGAGGCAGCAAAGUGAUUUGCUUGUUUGUUUGUUUAAAGCAUUUUUGCCCCACUCUUUAGCUGUAAACACUCCCUGAGCUGCUUUACAUAUCAAUAAAAACAAAGCAACAAACCAACACAGCCCCAACUUUCAGAAUUACAGUCUUAAAUGCAUAAUGAUGCCAAAACAUUACAGACAUGUAAUUUAGUGGAACCUCUGCGGUGUUGUGAAGCAGGACAAAGGAAAAAUGUUCUUAAGUUUUUGGUAAAUGUUGUCUCAGUGCAGAAUUUAUGUUCUUAGGUUUCAGCGGUACUAUGUGAUGAUGAAAUCAUGCUCUCCAUUAAACCUGGAGAACAUGGUUCUACAUAUGGAGGGAACCCAUUGGCUUGCCGGGUGGCCAUAGCAGCACUCGAGGUACGUAAAUAUCAGUUUAUGGUCUAUGAAUGCUAUGCACGACUAUACUAACACUGUGCAGUAUUUAAAUAACUCGAAAACUGCAUGUUAACAGUCAUUUCCCUCAACUUGUCUAAUAAUAAAAGUAACCAAAUAUCCGUGUAUCUGCUUUGUGUCGUAUGUUUGUUCACGUCUUCAUAAUUGAAGACUUCUUUUUUACAUCUGUACCAUGUUAUGACUUGUAAUUUUAUGGUUAACUGUGUAUGGUUAGUAAAUAUAAUUAUAAGUAAUUAUAAAUUAUAAUUAUGGUUAGUAGUGGUCUUGUGAUGAGAGACAAACUGAACCUUAUGUUUACGUAUUUAUGAUUCUCCCUCCAUCAUUCAGUUUUCUUACCUUUGUUUCAAACUGCUUUAGGUAAUUGAAGAAGAAAAGUUAGUUAAGAAUUCAGAAAUCAUGGGCAACUUAUUGAGGAAUGAGCUUAUGAAGACUCCGUCAGAUAUUGUGGCUUGUGUCAGAGGAAAAGGAUUAUUAAAUGCUAUUGUUAUUCGUGAAACAAAAGGUAAGGCUGUUUUUACACUGUGUUAACAAGACUUCAGCAUGAUUCAAGGCCAUUUUCACUUUUGCAAGAGAAUUGUGCAGGUUCCAGUUUGGAGGCAAUAGCAUAAUAACGUAUCCAUUCAGAAUCAAUUAGGUGCUGCUGCUGUUUGAGUAAAGGUAUAUAUCUUGGGGGUAUAUAUCCUGUUCUCCUUUUUCACUUUUUUGAAUAAAAAAGGCAGUAUUUGAAAAAACACACAAAAGGAGAAUAGGGAACUUUGACCCCAAAUACCUGAAACUGAGGAUGCUCUAGGAAUAGGGUUUAGACAAACCAUGUCAGUUUCAAUCGUAACAGAAAGUUCUAAAAGUCUGAAGUCCUCCAGACUGGGGUAAAUAGGUAGUAGCCCAGACUGCUUGACAUGCUUUUUCCUGAAAAAAGAUUGCAAGUUCAAUCAAGUUUAUGUACUGUCUAAAAAGUGGGAGCACACCUGGUCUCUUGUGGCCAAAGCUGAAAUAUUUGUCCAAGCUGCCAUUUCUAAACAGACUUUGAACAAAUUUCUUUCCUGUCUGGAAAUGAAACCACAACCUAUCUCCUUCAUGUAGUGUGGCUUAGAGUGUUGGACUAGGACCUUGAAGAUCGGGGUUUAAAUCCCCACUUGGUCAUAAAAGCAAACUGGGUGACCAUGGACCGGUUGCCAUCUGUCAGCCUAACCUACCUCACAGAAUUGUUGUGAUGAGGAAAUGGGAAGGAGGAGAAACACCUCUGCCACCUUGAGCUCCUUGUAAUGCUUACUUCAGUUGGUUGUAAAGCAAAUAUUUGAUUCUGUAUUUUGGAUUUCUUUUAAAGACUACGAUGCCUGGAAAGUGUGUCUGCGACUCCGUGACAAUGGACUGCUGGCCAAACCAACACAUGGUGAUAUCAUCCGACUGGCUCCCCCGCUGGUGAUCAAGGAGGAUGAGAUCAGAGAAUGCAUUGAAAUUAUCCACAAAACCAUUUUAUCUUUCUAA